AAUUCUCUUUGCGGCUGUCAGUGCGCAAAUGGAGCGCACCGCUUGCCGUAGUCGUGACGUCACUACCAAAACAAGCGACUUUUGGGAGAUUACGACCAAAUUCAGUGGAAUUUAUCCUUUGUAUUGAACUUUUGUCACAAUGUCUCAAGACCUGUGGUUACAGAAUUAUGAUGCCACAUGUCGCCUAGCACAGGAAAUAGCAGAAAACAUCCAUGAGAGGAACAGACAGCAGAGAACAGGGGGGAACCCUGCUAAGAUAAACAUGACAUUACGGGCAUCACUCCAGAAGCUGAAGCAGAAUAUUGCCCAGCUAAAAGAGAGCUUGUUGCGAGCCUCUUCAUCACGGCGGAUAAUGCAGGCAGAAGCUGACAGAAGACAGAACCUUAUUGAUGACCUGCUAACCAAAGAAAAGCAGCUCAAUGCAAGUUUCAGAGGAGACGUCACAGAGCCCGAGCCCUCCAGGUCCACACUGAUGGGUGGAGGGGCAGGAGCCAGUGGAGGCGGUGGGGGUAACCCCUGGCUGAUCAAUGAAUCAGAGGAGACCAGGGGGCUGAGCUUUGGAGAGAUCAAGCAGCAACAGCAAAGAAUUAUUGAUGCCCAGGAUGCGGGUCUGGAUGCGCUGGCAGCGGUCAUCACUCGACAGAAGAUAAUGGGUCAGGAUAUCGGCAAUGAGCUGGAUGAACAGAACGAAAUCAUCGAUGAUCUGGCACAUCUUGUUGACAAGACGGAUAGCAGGAUUCGGAACGAGACGCGACGCGUGAAGCUGGUGGAGACAAAGUCUGCCUCAUGCUGGAUGCUGGUGGUGAUCGUGCUGCUUCUCAUAGCCAUCAUCGUGAUCGGGGUGUGGCCCGUGUAGCAUCCUCUGACUGCAGCAGCGGUGGACUUGAUGGCGUCAACUGCGCAAAAGCACAGAUAUAAGCUCUAGACUUCCGUUGUUGCGUCUGUUUUUAUGGUCCAACCAAAUAAAUGUGAAUGAAAGCAGGUUUUUUUUAGAUGAUUAUACAGGCAGGUGUUGGCUGGCUUGGGCUUUUUACUGACUGUUUUUUCUUAUUUAAGAAUAUCAAAUGUCUUAAAAAUAACGUAAUUUUUUUUAGAUGAAACUGAUCAAUAAUAACACUGUUGAAUGAUUUAUUUCUGUGUAAACAGCUUGAAAAUGAUUUCUGUCGGAGCUCCCAGAGGCAGCAGCAGCAGCUUUUCUACAACCUCGUGGUCCACCUGCAGUAAAGUUCUAGGUAGGGGAACUCUGCAGACUUACCAAUGUUCACAUACUCGUGCAUUACUGUAGUCACUUUUUGAUCUCCUUAUGUUUGUAGAACAGCUGGCGGCCAAAACAAACGUCUCAGCCACAUUAAUAACUCGAUUCUGGUUCUCUCCCAUAAAUCAAGCCACCUUGUAAUUUCUAAUAAAUGACAUUUCCACUUAAUGAUCCCGGAUUGUCUGUCGGUCUGCGUUCUGUAGCACAGGCUUCUCAUGCCUCUCUCAGGAGUGUUUUGUAGCGUGAUCUGUAGCCUGGGUGGACCUUUAAGUUACAGUCCAAUAGCACUAAUGUCAUAUUUUCCAUUAUGAGAUCCUCGCCAGAUUUCUUCUGCUGCACUUCAAUCUGAAAACCAGAAGGAAAACAUCAAAGAACUUCUCAUCAGACACGUCCGUUUUCACUGUAACGCGUUUAUUUUAUUUAUUUUUUUAGCUGAAAAUAUGAAUUUAGUUCUACCAAGCUGGUGUGUUCAGUAGUUAUUAUUUCCUUCUUUAACAUCAACC